ACUCUAGCUUCAUCCUGCCGGAGAAGCGCUUCCUGUUGGCUUACACAGUCUAAGGCCCCCUGGGCGGCCCCCAGGGAAAGCACAAGCCCCAAAGACUCUCCCACCCAGCAUUCCUGGUGGGACGCCCCUUCGGAUGGGUCCUGGGACUCGAGGUCCGAGCCUGAAGCUUUGGGAAGCGCAGAAAACUUUGCAGCUCUGACCCUUCGGGGCUCCUUCCUGGGGCUCCCUCCUGCCGGUCCUUGUCCCUCUUGCCGAACCCGGCACGCUCUACCCUUGCCUCCCCAGGGCAGGGCCUCUCCGGGUCUUGAAGAGGAUGCCCCCUCCUGGCCGGUUUUGCUGCCCCACGUCCCUCGCGAGGAGCCUCUUUCUCCGAGAGCGCGUUGCCUGGCGUUCUCCUUGCUUCCCAGCCCCUCCAAUCGGGUGCCGGGCUCCUUGGGGGCGUCCCUUCUCUCCGGGUCCCCCGCCCGCGCCCGGCUUGGGGCGCCCCCUCUCCCUGCUUAGGGCGGGCGCCGGAACAGUGUCGCCGGCCGCCUGCAGGUGUCUCCCCACGGAGGGGCGCGCGUCCCUGCGCCGUGGCCGCUGCCAGGCUCCAGCGGCUCCUCGCCGAGGUGCACUCGCGCUCCGGGCUCCGGGCGCGCCGGAGCCGCUCGGCCGCUGCCGCCCGCCCCCCGCGCCCCCCGCGCUCCCCGCGCCGCGCCCUCACCCCGGGGCGGGGGAGGGCAUGGGCCCGCGCGGCGUCCUCCGCCGCCGAUCCAAGGCGCCCGAGCCCCGGGGCGCGGCGGGCAGCGGCCGCUGACGCGGGGCGCCGGCUGCCAACUUCGCGCGCGGAGCUCCCCGGCGGCGCGGGCGGCAUGAAGACGAGCCGCCGCGGCCGAGCGCUCCUGGCCGUGGCCCUGAACCUGCUGGCGCUGCUCUUCGCUACCACCGCCUUCCUCACCACGCACUGGUGCCAGGGCACGCAGCGGGUCCCCAAGCCCGGCUGCGGCCAGGGCGGGCGCGCCAACUGCCCCAACUCGGGCGCCAACGCCACGGCCAACGGCACCGCCGCCCCCGCCGCCGCCGCCGCCGCCGCCGCCGCCGCCGCCGCCGCGGGGAACGGCCCCCCUGGCGGCGCGCUCUACAGCUGGGAGACGGGCGACGACCGCUUCCUCUUCAGGAAUUUCCACACCGGCAUCUGGUACUCGUGCGAGGAGGAGCUCGGCGGGCUCGGUGAAACAUGUCGCAGCUUCAUUGACCUGGCCCCAGCAUCGGAGAAGGGGGUCCUGUGGCUGUCGGUGGUGUCCGAGGUGCUGUACAUCCUCCUGCUGGUGGUCGGCUUCAGCCUCAUGUGUCUCGAGCUCUUCCACUCCAGCAAUGUCAUCGACGGGCUCAAGCUCAACGCCUUCGCAGCUGUCUUCACGGUGCUGUCCGACCAGGAUUUCUCGACCUCGGCCCAACGUUUCAUGCCAGAUCAUUCUUUGUUGUGGGACGAGAGGGGCUGUCCUGGACGUGGUGGGAUCAGCAGCAUCCUUGGUCUCUGCCUGCCGGAUGCCCCGGUAGCACCCCCGUCCCCAAGUCACGACAACCACGGUGUCUCCAGACACUGCCGAAUGUUCCUUGGGAGGCGAAGUCCUGCCUGGCUGAGGACCAUGCCCUACACGGUGGGCUCUGUGAGGGCGGGGGCCUUGUCUCUCUCCUUCACUGCUGCAACCCGAAAGCCUGGCCCUCUCAGCUCAUCCUCGGUGAACGCGUGAGAGCCGCAGAGGCGACUAGAGUCCCCGCAGCGGGGCUGCUGGUGCUCGAGCCUUUGGGUUUGCAGUUUGGGCUCACAGAGCAAGCGUGGGCCCUGGAACCGGACAGACGGGAUCCGACCCCAGCGGAGCCACAUCUCGCUGCGCAGCCUGGGGCAAGUUACCUGUAUUCUCCGAGCCCCUGCGUCGCCUGUGAAAAAGCAGCGGCAGGAUGAUUCUGAGCAAUGAGACGAAACCACCCACGGAAGAGCCAGUGGCGCGAGUGGACACGUGGAGCGUGCUCAGUACUUGCUUGUUAAACAGGGUUGGGCUCUCGGGUGAGAACAGGGGCCCGGAUGCACUGGUGCGUGCCUAACCGAACCAAGGAUCGGCGACCAUGCCUCCUGGCCGCUCUGGUUCGGAUGAUAAGCUAUCUGCCUGCCCCGUUUAUGGGGCACUUUGCACGGGCAUUACUCCGUGUCGGUAUCCUUAGUUCCUUAAAAGAGUGCAUAUCUUGCCCUCGUGUUUCCUGAGGCGGAAACCACCCAGCCACCUGCCCCAGCGCCAGCCCCUCCCUCGGAUUUGCUCUUUCCUUCUGCCUCCGGGCUCCUUCCUUUCCCCUUGGCUUCUCUCUGCUUCCUGGGGCCACGGGACUUCAGUUUCAAAUGUAUUUUGACUCCGCGUUGCUGCCGGUCAUCGGGCUUCGUUCUGUGUGACUGCAGGUGGCGGGUGGUGCUGGGGGGGCAGAGGGCAGGGCUGGUCAGUUGGGAGCUGGGGGAGGUGGGCCCUGACCGCCAGCCUCUCCCCUGGGCGCAGGUGGGUCUUCCACACUGGGACAGACAGAAACUUGGAGAAACGCUCCGCAUCAAAGUAACUUAAAGGCUGGUUGGAAAGGUGGGAAAGCCCUCGCUGUCACGUAACGGGUGACAGAGGCAGACAGACAUUUGUCCUUCAUUUUGCCUCCCUCCUUCCGUCUGUCCCUCCCUCCCUUUCUUCCUUCCACAGAUAGUCCUUGAGCGUCUCCCCCUGCCCCCAUCAGGUGCGGGGAGAACCCCACAGGCUCUCUGUCCUGGGGGCUUUUGUCUAGAGGGGGAGGCGGUGAUUGAAGCAGUAUUGGAGCCACUGAUAGGAAGAAGCAGCCCCAAGGCUGUCACAGGGGACCUUGCCCAGAAGGGGGUGCGCCCUCUUGAGGCGUAAAGGAUGGGGGUGGUUAGUGGGUGGCUGAGUUGGGGGAGGGGGUAAAGGGGGUUGGAGAGCGUGUUCCAGGGAGAAGGGCAGCAAGGAGGAGGGCCCCGGGCGGGCGCAUGUUCUCAGGGCGGACAAUCCCUGAGGAGGUGGCCGUGGGAGGAGCCUGGAGAGCUCCUCCAGGAGCAGGGCAGGCGGAUGUGAGAUCAGAGGUGGAGGGGGCAGGGCCUCCGUCUUCUCCCCAGGGCAUCAGUGAAGGGUUUUCAGGGCAGGUUCGGGGAAGGUGCCACCUGGAGUGGCUGGUGGGGACUGUGCUGGUGGGGGUGGG